CGGCGAGCAGUCGGCCAGCGCGUGCAGCAGCGACCGACUCGACACGGCAUUGUAUAAUUGCUUCGCAUGUUCCGCGUGUACGACACUUGCCGCGUGCACUUGUGCGCGCACGUCGACUCGCGAGCCCGCUGCAGUGUACUGCUGCUGCUUUCGAGCGCGCGCGAGCGAGCUUUCGUCUCGUACGUAUAUAUACUGCACUGCUGCCUGCACUGCACGACUUCGGCCUAUACUGCCUAUACUCUCUUCGGCCACAUUAAAUAUCGAUAGCGCCGAGCGGUCUGCUCGUCUCUAUGUAAAUUGUCGACGACGCGGCGUGCGUCUCUCGAGCUCUUGUGCACAGCCUGAUCUUGGCUCUCUGCUGCGCUGGCAAAGCCCGAGCUUUUCUGCUGCUCUAUAUGUGUGCAUCGGAGCUGCACAGGCCUAAGCGCUCACUUUUUCAUCUUUAUUAUCUAUAUCGCCAAUUUCAUUCUUUAUAUAUGCCACAAUUAUAAUUGUGCAUUCAACUUGAGCCUAAUACAAAUAGUCUAUUUCCGUCCGAGAGACUUCUUUGUUUUUUGCGAGCCACGAAAAAAUCCUAGCUACGUCGAGUGCCUCCAAAUGCAAUUAACUUAUCAAUUAUAUCUCUUUUCAUUUUUAUUUUCUCUCUUAACAACUUAGCUAUACAAAUAUAAUAAAUCAUUUAGUCCUUUUUAUUUUAUAGUUAAUAAUAAACUUUCCGUAAUUAUUAAGUAUUUACUGGACAUUCUUUUUCAACACCCUACAAAUUCUCUAUAUUUUAUAUUAUCAUUUGAUUUUAAAUCAUUUUCGAAUGUGUCAUUUCGUUGGUCUAUGCAUCGUGCGAGUAAAACAAAUUACCACUGUCCAUGAUAAUUUUUAUCAAAUUUAUUUUAACUUUUAUUAAUGUGUAUGAAUACAGUGCUUUCGAAUUUUAAUUACAGUCAAAAUAUUGUCAUUCUUAAUAUCAAAUUAUAACAUUUGAAAUUAUUACUUAUUUGAAAUAAUGAAAAAAUAUCUAAACGCUGGGUAAGACCUGAUCAAGUUGGUUUACUAUCUAAAAAGAAAACUACAAAAUUAGAUUUCAUUUUUCAAAACUAGCCAUCUCAAUUUUUACUUAUUUAUUCUACUCUCUUCCUUACUUUUUUCGACAAAACUAAUAAUCAUAAAAGUUGCUUAUAAAAGAAUGAUUAUAAUAACUUUAAUGGAUUAAUCAGUUCAAUUUUAUAGAGAAAUCGUCAAUUUCAAAUCUUUUCCUAAUAAUAGUGAUAAUAGUUCUUUUGAUAUCAAUAGUGUAAAAAAUAAUUAUCCAUCACGAGUUCUCAUAUCGAAUCUAAUGUACUUUUAUAAUCUGACAUUUACAGUUUCAAAUAAGCCAUAGGAAUAUAAAAAAGGAAUGCAAGAAGACAUCCGAAAAUAAAACUAAAGGUUUGCCAGGGCAGGAUGAUUCUAUUAAUUAUUAUCCGAAUGUGGACACAUCUAUUUGGAUGCGUUCAUGCGAGCAAGAAGUUGUGGAGCCGAUGUCAGGUACCCUUACAGGGUAUAUUCCCGACUGGCUGAAAGGUACACUUCUGAGAAAUGGACCUGGAUCUCUUAAAGUUGGGGAAUACAGAUUUGAUCAUCUUUUUGAUAGCUCUGCUCUACUGCACAGGUUUGAAAUUAAUAAUGGAAAAGUAACAUAUCAAAGACGAUUUAUCCAAACUGAUGUUUUCAAAAAAAAUCAGGCUGCGAAAAGGAUCGUAGUCACCGAAUUCGGAACAAGGGCCACUCCUGAUCCAUGCCAAAGUAUAUUUGAACGAGUAUCUGCAGCAUUCCACCCAGCUGAGAAUCUUUCGGACAAUUCCAUGAUAUCAGUUUAUCCAUUUGGUGAUGAAUAUUACACUUUCACAGAAUCUCCUGUAAUUCAUCGUAUAGAUCCAAAAUCAUUAGAAACUAUAAAUAAGGUCAAUGUUGCAAAUUACGUAAGUAUAGUAAGUCAUACAUCACACCCUCACGUUAUGAGUGAUGGAACAGUAUAUAAUUUGGGUAUGAGUAUAACUAAAAAAGGACCGGCAUACAGCAUUGUUGAAUUUUCACCAUUUCACUAUACCGCGGACGAAAAGAGAAAAAAAAGGAAAAUUUCCAUGUUUGAUGAAGCCAAAAUUGUAUCGACUGUACAUUCCAGAUGGGUUUUGAACCCCGCAUACAUGCAUUCAUUUGGAAUAACAGACAAUUAUUUCAUAAUCAUCGAACAGCCAUUAGCUAUAGCUCUUGUAUCAAUGGUUACUUGUCAAAUAAAAAAUGAGCCAAUGUGUGGAUGCCUGAAGUUUCAUGAAAACGAAAAUACCCACAUUCACCUUAUUUCUCGAAAAUCUGGAAAAAUUGAGAGAACGUUUAUUGCAGAAGGAUUCUUUUACUUGCACGUCAUCAAUCAAUAUGAAACUAGAGAUGGAGGAUACGUUGUUUUAGAUUUAUGUUGUUAUAGAGAUGCGAAAAUGUUAGAUUGUAUGUACGUUGAAGCCAUGGAGAACAUGCAUAAGAAUCCAGAUUAUUCAAAUCUAUUUCGAGGAAGACCACUUCGAUUUAUCUUACCAUUGAAAACUCCUGACGAUCAAAUUUCGUCUGAUACUAAUUUAAUUACAAUCAAUGAUGUAUAUCAAAAAUCUGAUACAUUUGACGAUCGAUUGAAUAUGUCAAAAUUAACAAAAGAAAAAGGGAUCAGUAAUGACGGUGGUGACAACAAUUCAGUAGAAGAAAACUUUUUAAACAAAAAAGCAGCUGCUUACAAAUUACCAAAUGGCGAAAUUUUUGUUAAACCAGAGUUGCUUUGUGACUUAGGAUGUGAAACGCCUCGAAUAAACAAUAGUUUACACUUGGGCAAAGAAUAUAGAUAUUUUUACGCAGUUUCCAGUGACGUUGAUAUAGAAAAUCCUGGAACUAUAAUCAAAGUAGACACUAAAAACAAAACCAAAAAAAUUUGGUCUGAAAAAGGAAUAUACCCCAGUGAACCCAUUUUCGUUCAAGAUCCUAAUAAAAAGAAUGAAGAUGACGGCGUCGUGUUGAGUGCACUUGUCUGGGGUCAAGAGAGGGAAACAACUGUCGGACUUUUGAUUUUGGACGCGUCAUCUUUUGAAGAAGUGGGCAGAGUCGUAUUUGACACACCUGGCCCCGUUCCUAAAUGCUUACACGGAUGGUUUUGUGAUCUUGUUUCUUAAUAUUUUAUAUUAACUAAUAGAGUGCAUAUGACGUAUGCGUAAUCCGAAAAAAUCAGCUUGAAAUAAAUGUUGAAGAGACAACGAAUAGACAUCAACAAAAGUACAGCAACGCUGCUUUCAACUAAUAAGGAUAUCUAGUUUUUAUACAUCCACAAAAAAAGAUAUAUUUUUAGAGAGUUUUAUUUACAA